CUACCGUCGCGCCAAUACCCGUUUAUAAUACUCGCUCUCUCUCUGUACGUGCUUAAAUCCGCGACUUGCUUUCAAACGGGAAAUACGAGGGAAAAAUUUGUUGAAAAAACAAACAAACGAACGAGCAUAUAUGGGGAUAUAAAUAGAUAUGUAUAUGUAUAUGAUACAUGUAUUUAUUUAUCUAUUUAUGUCGUAUGGAGAUGAGAGAAGAACGUAGGACGAAAAGUACUGAAUAUAUUUAUAGAUAAAUAAACAAGUUUUGAAAGAAUAUUACGACGAUUCAAUGUGCUUUAGUUUGAAUGGAAAGAUAGAAAAUAAAAAGAAAUGAGGCAAGAGUAACGAUGAUGAUGUGCGCGCUAAAUUGAUACACUGAGUUUAGAGAGUUUCAUUGUUUUGACUGUUGGAAGUAUAUUUGAAAAGUGCUAUUGGCCCGUUAAACGGUUAGGAAGAUAAAUAAAUCAGCGAGCACCACGGAUUUUGCGUUAAAAGUCCAAUUAAGAUGAGGCCCGCUCGACUCUUCGUUACGAAAUGAUAUAUUAUGCGCGGUUAAUUUUAGAAGAUUCGUGAUAUUAAUAAAGUGAACGUUCAGAGUUUGGCCAAGUAUAAAAAGGAAGCGUGAAAGAGAGUUUUAAUCAAGGAAGGAAAAACGGGCGAAAUUCGGAGGAGGAAGUGAUUAAAAAAACGAGAGGGGGGGGGGGGGAGGUGGACGAAAAAUAAAUGGGACGAAAAGUGACGGGAUAAAAGAGGGAUUUGGUGAAUCCUGCUUGUCUGACCGCGCGCUUUCUACUACUACUUCUCAUUUUUAAUAUCAACAACACGCGCGCCUUUUGUUCUCAAGAUUAUUACUCAUGAACUUUUCAUCUUAACGAGAAAAAUCAUCUCGUCGAUAUACCAGCAAACGGCCACUUUCGUUGAGAGAGAAAUACGAAAAUUGAUGAAAUUCCACGCUUGUUAUUCCGCCCGCAAAUAGGAGAGAAAAAAGCUAAUUUUUUCCGUCGCUUUGUUUGAGGAGAGAAUCUCGUAAUACGAAAGGGGCCAGAGUGAAAGAGUGGAGAGGUAGAGGUGGAGGAGAAACAGCAGGAAAACGUAUCGAUCGCGAGCCCGCUGGGAUAUAUUGAGCAUUCGUCGACGAAGCGCCUCGCGUCUUGCGUACACCAGGAAAUCUGGGCACUCGAGUGGUGAAACUGAUAUUAAGUGGCUGUCCAAGGACCGGAAGAAAGGAAGGAAAAAAGGAGGAUAUUUGGCCUAUGCGUUGAUCGAAGGGACGUCCAAGGGUUUGAAGCCUCUUGGGGGUUGUUGGACAAAGGGUAUAAAGCUCCCCUUCUAACAAAUUUAUCGAUGGAGCCAUCUUGAUGUAGACGAAAAUUGGUCGGUACGAGGAGAGGACUUUGUAAAAAGUUUCGAGGUCGAGGAUACGUGGAGCUUGUUACUAUUGCGGGAAACAGUCGGGAGGCGUUUUUCGCCGCUAGACACGUCAGGCUGAACCCAACGAGUCCAGGCGGUACUCCGAGUACCAGAACGCACCGUACUGAGGCGAUUUGUCGAGUCAAAAACCGUCAACGAUAUCGGGUAAAAAAGGCACGAGAUCGGCGACAGCAGCGACGACAUCAUCGGCUUAAAAGUCGGGCGAAGAGGAAGCGGAAGAAGACGACAACGUGCUGGCUGCUGCUCUACGGAAAUCGACAGGAACUUAGACCACCACCGCACCCUCCACCCCACGUGGCCGCACCACCACCUCAUAAGAGCUGGAGAAGCGGCAGCAGCCGCAGCUGCCUCGGAGCUCUGAGGAGCUGGAGGAUUUGCACAAGCUGCUGCACUUCCCCGAGGAGGUUGCUCUCAGAUUGGCCGAGUGCGAGUAUCAGCUGUUCUAUCAAGUACAGCCGUGCGAAUAUUUACGUCACGUUGCCCAAGAUCUGACACAGGCAGCGUCACAGAGAGCGGCGGCUUCGAGGCAACAACAACAGCAACAGCAGCAAGAACGAACGCCACCUUCCCCAGCGCCGACGACUCAUCCACACAAUCCACGCACGUGGAAUCGGAGCACUGAUACUCUCCCGAGUACCGCCAACAGCUCGACUCAGACCGAAGAAGAGGCGCUGUGGCUCGGUGGCACUCCAUCUGCCCACUCCGUCCAGACCCUCAUCAACCGGUUUAAUGAGGUGAGUUCAUGGGUCACCCACACGAUAACGAGCGGCUCGACUAUCGAGGAACGCCAGGCCCUUCUUUCGUGCCUGUUGCGAGUGGCCCAGACCUGCUGGAACACCGGAAACUUUAACUCAGCAAUGGAGAUCAUCGCCGGUCUCAAAUCAAACAAGUUGAAGCCUUUCUGGCAGAGCGUGAACGAGCCGCUUCCCGUAUUGGAGUAUCUCUCAUCGGCGCUACUGUCUUCCAAAUAUGAGCAAGCACUGGCGCGUGCCCUUGCAAUGCCGGAGUGCCCGGUGGUGCCCUUCUUCGGAGCUUUUCUCCGGGAGCUCCGGGAAGUCAUCGCUUCCGUUUCGAAGCAGCCGCCGGAAUUCAGCAGCAGCAGCAGCAGCACUAGCAGGGAGAGAGAAAAUACGCGGAGUAACAGUAAAGAGGGUCCGGGGACCCUCGAAAACGUGCCUUCACCCUCGCACCUAGGUGCGAGGGCCGGUGUCGAGAGUAACGCAGAUACGCCAUCAGGUUGGAGUUCCAAGGGCGGUGGUGGCAAUUUCUUUGGCAUGCCCGAAGGUAUAACCGACACUCGUGGUGUACUCGACAAGGUCAGCCUCUUUCAUCAGCAUCGUCACGCUCGGGGUCGGGACGCGACGACGGGCUCGCUGCACAGAACCCUCAGCGUUCACACAACCGCACUCGAGCAGACUUACAUGGCCGAAGAGUGCGACGAGAACGACUAUCAUCUCGACCUUGAUUCUUAUAAGCCGGUUCAACCCCUCGCCGUCGACCACGGCGUCGCCCUCUUCCCCGUUGCUGCACCUCACAACGGAAUGGAUCUUCAUCUUUUACAGGUUCUGCACCAUGGAACGACGCUUGUACAUUGGGAGUGCGAAGGUGGAAAUUCACGUACAGCGUUAGUUUACGCUCGAAUCGAUCGUGCCUGUGGGACUUUCGUGUGGGAAAAACCAGCCUGGAGUCCCUUGAAAACGGCGAACUCUAGUUUGGGUAACACGCCCGGUGACUUUUCACUGGGUACGAAUCCGGAAGAAAGCGUACCUGCUUGUCUCGUCGGAAGAUAUACGGGUCAGCAGGCAAUGGACUGCGCGACCGUUAGCCUCGAAGAAGGCUGCCUUGAUCUAAGCUCCGUCAAGGAGGUCACCAUCGGCUGUUGCGAUCGAGAUAGGGAAGCUGAUCUCCGUGGUAUUUGCAAAAGAUACGGGCUUUCCGGCUCCGAUUCGUGCAUCGGCCUUAUGUACGGUUCCAGCCUCUCCGAUAAUCGCAUCAUUUUUCUUCUUGGCCCACCGUCACUUAGCAAAAUAUGGUACAUGGGAAUCUGCUGGGUCUUACGAGGCCUCAAACGCCAGCUUCAACUCACCGACCGCCGAUCGAGAGCCCUUAAGGAGAAGUAUCUACAAUUGUUCUACGAGGAGGGUUGUCUGGAGCCUAUGACCGCAGACGCAAUUAGAAUUUUCGGUGGGCGAGACUGGUCGAUGACCGACAGCGUUGGGACCUUGUCUCCAACCAAUAGCGGGACUUUACGGCGACGUAAUGUUAAGGGCAAAAAGACGAAAUCCAUUGGAAACAUACACGCGCUCACGAAGGAACUAAGUUUCAAGCAAUACGACUCGUCGCCAUCGGAUGGUGGCCUGACGAGCGCGCCUCUUCGUCAUAUAACCGGAAGCCGAGAGUCGCUAACGAGGAUAGUUCCGGCUUCGCCAAGAGCCAGUAGAGAUCGAAUACCACCUCGGAGUCCCCCGGGCUCGGCUGAGCGGUUCCUUAGUUCGAGUCUACCGUAUUCCAGUUUACAAAGCCUUCUAUGCGUCGCUAGGGAUAAAGAUAGAAACGGUGGUGGAAUACUCGAAGCGCCGUGGCAGGUUAAGGCUCGUGCGACCUCCAUCAUGUACGAGACGCAGCUCAACUUCGUCGAGUUCGUUGCCCUUUUCCGUUCCUUCAGUUUACGGGCGCGAAAAGAUCUUCGAGAUCUUUUUGGACAACUAGCGAUUACUUGUCGAAGUCAGAGCGACGGAUCACUCAGAGAUUUCAGCAUGAGGACCUCAGUUCUACGUCAAACAAGCGAUGCGACUCCACAACGAAUAGGUCUUUUAACCAGGAACAACUCCAUUGAUUCCCACGAGUACGAGACUAGCGGAAAUCUUCAUAAAAAACAAAUUUUCGAUGCCAUCGCUGCCGCAAGCAUAGUGAACAAUUGCGCCGGCGUCGACACUUCAAAGUCACAAGUUAUCACUCUUGCGACGUUUACGAAAUUUUUGGAAUCGAGGCAGCAGGAAAAGUUCACGGAGGAUCAGAUAAAAGCUCUGAUCAAGAGGCACGAACCGGAUCCAGCGUUGCGGACGCAGUGGUGCCUCUCGUUCGAAGGCUUCGCUCGUUACAUGAUGGACAAAGAUAAUUACGCGUUUCCCAACGAAUAUGCGACACCUACGGACGAGGAAAUGCAACAGCCUUUGUCACAAUAUUACAUUGCUAGUUCUCACAACACUUAUCUCACUGGACACCAGCUCAAAGGGGAAUCUUCGGUUCAACUGUACUCCCAGGUAUUGUUGACCGGUUGCCGGUGCGUGGAACUCGAUUGUUGGGACGGUGACGAUGGUUCUCCCUUGAUUUACCAUGGCCACACGUUUACCACCAAAAUUCCAUUCCGCUCAGUCGUUGAGGCGAUCGAUCGAAGCGCGUUCGUCACUUCGUCCUACCCGGUCAUCCUCUCGAUAGAGAAUCAUUGCUCGCAGGCUCAACAGGCUCGAAUGGCUCAAAUCUUUCAAUCGGUGCUGGGUGAGAAGCUGGUGACAAAGUUCCUCUACGACUCGGACUUUGGCGAAGACGCCCAGCUGCCAUCCCCUUCCCAGCUGCGUCAUCGUAUUCUCAUUAAAAAUAAAAAACUCGUCGUUGACCCAACGGGCCCACUGGUUCAUCCGUCUGUCAGCCAUCGAGGAAAGAUGCUCAUGUCCGAUCGUGCCUCAUCAAUGAAGCAAAUGAGAACUGAAGUCAGCAGUGCGUCCGUCGUCGAAUACUUCAGCGAGGAUGAGGACGACGAGGAAGAUGACGACGAAGAUGACAACGUCGACGACAAUUCGAUCUCCAGCUACGAGAGAUACUUGGGCGGUGGCCAGGUGCUGCACCCCCGUUUAAAGUCUGAUCCAGCAGUCGACGAUAAAUCCCAGAAGCAGAGCAGUCAAAUAGCGAAGGAGCUCUCGGAUCUGGUGAUUUAUCUGCAGGCGAUAAAGUUCCGUGGGCUAAAUUUGACGCCCGGUAACGUGAUACCGGUAAAAACGCGUCACCAGAGUCACACAGGAACGGUGCAGAGGCACAGCAUCGCUGGGAUAGGAACCGGGGGAAUACCUUCGUCGACUGGGUCGCCUCAGUCUUUGUCAACUUCGGCUUCGGUUGCCAGUGGCGGUAGCAACAUUGACAACCUGUUCCGACCGACUCGUGGUAUGCCAGCUUGUUUCCAGUGCUCCUCGUUGAAUGAGAGUGCAGCCAAGAAAAUCUGCAGGAAGCAGCCUCUCGGUGUAGUUGCUCACGUGGAGACUCAACUGGUGCGAACGUAUCCAGCUGGCAUGAGAAUAGAUUCGUCCAACUUCAACCCAGUUAUAUUCUGGGCAUUUGGGAUCCAGAUGGUAGCACUUAAUUAUCAAACUGACGACGCGGCUCUGCACCUGAAUGCGGCGAUGUUCGAGCAGAACGGCCAAUGCGGCUACGUGAGGAAGCCCUCGGUGAUGUGGGACAAGAGCCACAUGAUGUACAGACGCUUCAAUCCCUGGGACAAGGAAUUUGACGGAUUGCAUUCGGUGCACUUGACACUCUCCGUUGUUUCUGGUCAGUACAUCGCGCCGACGAAUUUGCUAACGAGCACGUACGUCGAAAUCGAGCUGGUCGGUAUCCCGAUUGAUUGUGCCAAGCACAAGACGAAAGUCAUUCAAAACAACGCCCUGAAUCCAAUAUGGAACGAGAAAUUCUGCUUUCAAGUGAUGUUCAAAGAUCUCGCUUUUCUCCGCUUCGGUAUCAUCGAAGCUAGCUCCCACCAUCUGAUUGCUCAGCGAGUUUUACCGCUCAAGUGUUUGCGGCCCGGUUACCGACACGUCAGACUAAGAUCUUGCAAAAACAAGCCCCUGGCUCUCUCCACUUUGUUCAUUUAUUCGAGGAUGGAAGAGGAGAGUUUGGAUUACAACACGUGUUGCCACGAGCACAAGGAGUCAUCGAAGCGGCCGUCGUCCGGUAAAGUUGCGGAGAAACUGAGCACCGUCGAUCCCGGCCUCGGGGGCGUUACCUUGAAGCGACGAAUGUUUUUCCUCAAAGUUUACGACGUCAUUCCUGAAGAGGCUUACACCAUAUUCAAGGUAACGCAGGAAAGUACGACGCAGGAAGUGUUGUUGCAGGCUCUGCAGAAGGCUGGCAUUACGGGGGAUCACGUCGACGAGUACAUACUGGUGGAGGAGGUUUCCCGGGGUUGGGAGAAAAAGGAUAGGGAAGAAUUGCCGACUCAGCGAGUGCUGGAUCCCAACGAGCAUCCGCUCCAGGCGGAGGCUCUUUGGAAGGGUCAGGGUCGGUUUCUCCUCAAGCGUGUGGGCGAUGAUCCAAGCAGCAGAGCUUGGUUAGCUUCGAUCCGAAGUACCGCGGGCCACUCGAAGUUGCAGCCUGAAGAACCGGAGGACGAUCGUUCGAUGCACAUAUGGGACGAAGCUGACACAUUUCUAGUUUGCAUCUACAACGUAUCCCCGGAAAUACCGUACGCGAUAUUGCGAGUGCCGGUGAGCAGUUCAGCGCAGGACGUGCUGGCCCAGGCUCUCGUCAAAGCUCGUCGUAUGGAGGAUCCCAUUAAGUUUGCUCUCGUCGAGGAGCUCGAGUGGGGCGGUGCCGGUGCCGUUGGCAGUGGUAAUCGUCAGCUCAGAGUUUUAAGGGACGAGGAGAAUGUCUACAGUACUCAGGCUUAUUGGAAAACGCUUGGUAGAUUUAUACUGAGGGAACGGGAACAGGCGCUUCCGCGAAAGCAUUUGCUUCCCGCUACCCUCGACAGGCUUAGCAAGGGUUUCUCGGUCGGACGUUCGGUCUCGUUGCCGGGCUCGAGCAAGGAAAAGGUGCCGGUAACCGAGGCUCUCUCCGAUCCGACCUCGAGGGGGCUCCGUCAUAGGCUUUUGAUGCCUGGACGUAGACGCGAGGUGCAUUCGGACGGUGAAGAGUCCCGGGAAUCGGACAUCCUCAACGCUGCCCUCCACCUCAAAAAGGUCUCGUUGAGGAAGCUCAGGGUGUGGAAGUCAUAGUGGCAGUCGAGGGCGACGUCACUGUCGUCGAUCUUUGCUGCUCGGAGGAACAAUUGGUAAAUUUUUACAACUCAAUCUUAUUUUAUUUAUUAUAGCCCCCAAGUUCUUUUUACAAAUUUACAAUCCCUAACGAAAACAUUCCAAUAAAAAAAGGGAAAAACCAUGAAGCCGUUCGUUGCUAUAUCGUACCAGAAGAAACUCAACAUUCUUUCAUCCCAAAGCCAAGUCUCUGCUUCUCGUAACGAACGGGACAAUGAAAGCAAUCACCUGUUGUACCGAGCCAAACCUCCAGGCUACUGCUAUAUUUCUGUACACUUUCGUUUAACGAGUAUAUAACGUCUGAACGAUUUUUUCCUCGAACCUCCCAGUGGCAAUGGCGCGUGAUGUCGCUCUCUUUCAGCGAAACAUGACUACAAAGUAAAACGCUCAUAGCGAUUGAGCUACAAUAUUAGCUCCGUAACGUUGAUCGUGCGAGCCAAUCGAUGAGAAAAAAGAUGUGCCGAAUGUAGUUAUACUAUUGCAUACAUACUUACACCAAAGCACAUUUAAUACACAUGUACAUUACAUAUUAACGGAGUGGCUUUGUGUUCAACGAAGCGUUUCUCAUCUCUCGACUCUUUUUUCCCUUAGCUAUCGAGGCGCGAUAACCAUAUGAUAUACAUAUGUGUCUGUGUAUAUAAACAUAUUGAACAAAAGAGCACGACAAAGGGAUCGACGAUGUCGAAAGUCCAACUUUUCCUUUCGCUCCUUUAUCCUAUACACUUUUUUUGUCCGUUACGUGUCACAUGGGAAGAGAAAAUACACGAAGAGCACGCAUGAACGAGCAAGAGGGAUGAACCGUACUUGCUAUAUUUCUGUGUGACCGAUAUCGCGCGACCUACGUAACUUAACUUGCCGAUGAAAUUUUAACCUGUCGAAUCGAUCGAACUACAUAUCUCUGCCGCCCCCGCCCCCGCCCCCGCCGCGCCUCUACUCCUGCUGCCCCCAGCGUAUCUCCUUUCCCCACUUUCGUACAAAAAAUACACCAUCGCAUAGCCGACAAACGUGAAUAGUCCGCGUGAAAAAAAAACACGUGAAUUUAUUAAAUUUUUUCACAACGUAUGUGAAUAACGCCAAUUACAUCGAGACACACAAAGCUUUUUCGCGCAAUAACAAACGUAUAAAAAGCUGGCCAAGGUACAAACGAUACAUUUAUUGAUAUUAUAUAUACGUACACAUUCAGAUGUGAAGUUAAUAAAAAAGAAAUAUGAUGCAUUAACGUUUACAGAACAUUUAUCGUAUUCAUAUAGUAUUCUCAGUGUUCAGAAACGAAUUGCACGUAAUUAAAUGCCUAAAUAUUAAUUAAAUACAUUAUUGCUCGUUUGUAGGGAAUGCGUGUGUGUGUGUAUAGGGAAAGAAAAAGAGAUAAUUAGACACGUUCGUUUGAUGAAAGCCUCGAGUCAGUUGAACCAAUGACAGUCUUUGUUUUCAUCGGCUUUUUAUCAUUUAUUUUUCUUUCAUUUCCCAUGCCGUGACGAACCAUCACGAUGGAAAGUUUGAGAAAUGAUUUAAAAUACUCGAGCCCGCAACGUCUUCCGAAAUCUAUUGAAACACGGGGCAAAAAAUUUUCGGAAACUUUGAAAAACCGGUCAAAAAUUAUCUGCCUGCGGUGGGCAGACUUCGACGCGACUCCCCUUCGACGUUGCUCAUAUUGAAAUGUUGAUGUUCUCGUCUCGAGAUACAUUAUCGCGGCUAACGAGAUGACACUUCAGAAUCUCGAUUAAAAUCGUCACCAUUCAGCAUACACGAUAUGUGAAUAAAAGAAAAGUAAUCGUGUCUCACGCGCGUUGGGUUUUCUUAUUUUUGUACAACGAAUAAAACUGACACGGAAGAUCGAAAGAAAAGAAAAAAAAACAAAUUCGAUCUACGGAUAUUUCGUGAAUCUUCUUAACAUUCUUGUGGGACGAAUCGUGCUUUUAGGAAAUGAUUUUUCAAGUAGCUUGUACGUGAAAAUAAGUAAUUUAUUAUAGAAAAUGAUGAUCAGAGUGAUCAAAGGAAAACAACAAAUAGAGCAUAAUGAGGGGAGGGGGGGGGGGAAUAGAAUCAAUGAAUAACUCGAUGCUAUUUAUCCAUAAAAACAAGCUUUUUCAAAUGACACAUUGACACAACACACACACACACACACACACACGCACGCACACUCACAGUGUAUAACACUCUCGUUAAGAUCGAUAACUCCCACUUUCUCUGUGCGCCCGAAAUUAUCAUGAAUGCGCCUCGAUCUGUGCGGUUUCUAAUCGCUUUUGAAAAAACGCGUUUAUAAUGCCAUCCGAUCGCUUUCAUUAUAUUAAUCGAGAUUAUUUGUCCUAAUUAUAAAAAUUACGAUAAGAGUAUUUAUAAAAAUUGAAAUAUAUUAUCAACAUUAUUAUUAAUGAUAGAAAUAAUCGUGAAGCUGCGUCAAAGUGAGAAAAAAAAAACGAGAGAGAAAGAAAAAAGAAACAAUUCUUCCAUGAUACUAAGCGAGGAGAUGUAACAAAACCUAAUAUUAAUUUUAAGAUUUAUCUUAUCGCAUUCGUACACUGAGAACCAACAGUGGAUAGUAGAUAAGAGAGAAAAAAAAACAUCUACGUGCAUCUCAUUGCUCUAGCAGCAGUUCGAGCCACAAAGUUAUUCGAAAAAAUCAUCAUUUUCCUUUCAAUCUAAGUGUACAUAAUUUAUUUGAUUGUCGAGAUUUUAAAUUCCAUACGAAAAUGUGAAAAAUGAUUUAAACCGUGAUGGCGCACUUUGGGAGAUAAAAGACGUCAAUGAUCUAUGAGAAAAUUGAAGAAAAACACUACCAGAAAAAAAGCUGAUGAAAUAAAAUGGAAAACUAUAUCGUCAGAGACAAAAGCCAAACAUUGAUAAAAACGUUAACUCACAGAAUUUGAAAACUUAACGGUCGAGGAUAAUUAAAACCCCGCAAUACCUUCAUCGCGAUAUUUUAAUCGCGUCGAAAUAAGGAGAAACAAUGAAAACAAUUAUGAAACACUAUUUCGAUCGCGCUAAAUUUUUUGACGCGAAACAGACACACUACUUUUCAACAUUUGGGACCAUUCUCAUGAGAUUCAACACGACUUAUUGAGGAACUACGAGCAGUAUUAAGUUUUUAUUCGAUUGUGCCGGAGAUACGGAAUAUCUGAAUGAAUAUUAUGAAAAAAAAAAAAAAAAACAAACAAACAAACAAAAAUAAUACCAUCGCGGUACGAUCGACCGCGGGCUAAUUAAAAUGUUGUCAUUAAAUUUCAAUAAUAUGCGAAAUAAAUAUGGUCGCGCGGGCGCAUAUGUAAUGAUCAGUAAUAUUUAAAUUCACGAUAUAUAUCCUUCUUGUACAUAUCCGGAGGAUCUCGUUGGGUUUAAUAUAUAUAUAUGAAUAAAUAUAUAAAUAUAUAAAUAAAUAAAUGAUAUGCUAAAAUAUUAUUUAUAAAUAAAAGCAUCUCACGAUUAAACAAUGAUCAUUUUUCGAUGUGUGCUCUAUACGAAAUCGCAUGUAUACUUUUUUACACAACAGGGAGAAAGAAAAGUUAAAAAAAUAUACACAAAUACACGACAAACUCUCUCGCCCUUGUACGUAUUACAAAAAGACAGACCCGCCGUUUCGAGCACAGAAAAAUAUUCUCUAUCAAUCUUGGAAUAUUUUUCAACUGCAAAUAUUUUUCGUAACCCUUUUUUUUUUUAUUGUGCAACAAAAUUUAUCAUCCUCUUUUCUGUAGGAUGCAAUUUAAUUGACGUACCAAAAAUUAGAUAAAAGAAUUUCAUUUGUGCAACCUUUGAAGCUGUAGGAAGAAAUUUCAGGAGACUUUCCUCCCUACAAUAUGAUGAUCGGAAUCUACAAGCUUAUAACCAAAUAUUAAAACUCCAAUUCUCUUGGAAAAUCUUACGAAAUGAACCUGAUGCGAGAAAUAUUAUUGGAUAAUGAAUCUCCUCAAGUUGCUUCUCUGUUUGUUCAAUUAAUUUUUACUGAUAUUUCUGUCAAUAUUCGUUGCACUGAUUACUCCAUCAACAAAAUUGUGUGAUUUUAUCUCGUGUGAUAAAAAUGAGUUUCGAAACAAGGCCAAAUGAUCCGUAUCAGAAAAACUUUUUUUAAAAAACUCGUUUUUUUCAAAUUAUAUUCAUAAGCGAUCCAAUAAACUGACCAAAUUAUAUCUGACUCGAGUAAUAACCCCCAUUACACGCUGCUAGAGCCUGUUCCCCUCAGCCCAACCGACUCGCCCCGACACCAUACCAUAUCGCAAAAUUUUACCUCGAGAAAUAAAUUUUUCUAACCCCAAGACUCGGGAUAAAUAAUUUUAAAAAAAUGCAUCAACACUUACGAAGGACUGCGAGUUACGAAAGAACUUGAAACGCGGUCCGACCUCACGUGGUGAGUGAACAUGACCUAUGACACGCCCACGCGCGCGCACACGCACACACACACACACAGACGCACACAUGGGAACGAAAAAGCACACACUAAACCGUUAUAUCGUGCAAUUUAGGGAGAAAAGAAAACAAGUGAAUUUAACGAAGCGUAAUAUGCGAAACAAAAACCCCGGAUAAAGGCGCGUUAUUUAACACAAGUCUCGUAGUACGAACGCGACUCAAUUUUCAAAUAAGAAACAAAAUAAUAUUAACGUUCUAACGAAUAACUUAAACAAAAAAGGCAAGAAACAGGAAGAAGAGGAAAACGAAAAAUAAUGAAAUAAAUAAUAUAAAUUAACAUGAUCCGUGUAGCAGCAGAGAUCAGGUCUUAAGGAAUUAUAAACAAUUAUAAAGUUAGAUGAAAACGAAAAUGACACGAGUCUACGGAAAAAAAAUGUAGAUUUUGGAAAGUUGCAUGCUACGAAAACGGUGAAUUCGAUUUUCAAAAUAAAAACGAUAUAAAUAUAUAUAUAUAAAUAAAAAGAAAAAAAUCAAAAUUAAAAAAACCACUUUGCGUUCCUUUCUUAAAUUACUUCCAAAUAUUCACGCUGGGCAAUAUUGCUGUUUAUCACCAAUAAAAAGUGAGAAUUUUUUAAUUCAGAGUCAAUGGGCAGAGAUUUAUAACUGCGUUAUUUUAUAAUUAUAUGAAUUUUUCAAUCUCCGAACAAAAAGAGUGAGUUCGCCACUUUCGAAAAAUGUUUAAUUGUCAUUGAAUUGUGGAAAUUCAUAAUUUUUGGGAUUGAACUUACGGUUUUCGUGGUCAAGAACACACCGGGAAUACAUGAAAUUGCGAAUAGAUCAACUUUCUGACGAUAAAUUUAUAGAAUUUUGGGCGUAAUUAUUUAUUAUCUAGUCUCCGUUCGUUUUGACGAAAACGUGACCCAAAGCAUGCGGCCAUUUAGAAUAUCAAGAUAUUUAUCUGUAUGUAUAUAUUAAUAUAUACAUUUAUUUAUGUCACUACUGUCGUAGAUAUUUGUAUAUAUAAAUAUGUAUGUAUAUAUAUAACGAUUAUUAUUAUUAUAUAAAUGAUUAAUAUUAUGAUAAUAUUAAAUAUUGACAUUGUUGAAGGAUCUACAUGUAAAUAAACAUAAAGAGCAUUUUUAUA